AUCCCUAUAGCUACUAGCUUGAUCUAACAAACCCAGUUACAACAGCGUAUGUAUGUCUCCCUCAACCACCCUAUAUAGCUAGUGCUAGCCUUUGCAAUGCCUUCAUAUAUCUCUAUCGUCUCUCUCUUUUUCUCGUCCACGGCAACUGCUUGAAAGCUAAUGAAGCUAUAGUACUGUCUAGCCAACUUAUCAGCCAGAUCGACAGUACGUCGUAGAACAUCCUCAACCAUCAAUCUGAUAAGUUGAUUCCUGGUUUCAUCGUCUCUCAGUUUCUGUUUUGGGGGCAUUCAUUCCAUAUUUCCAUAAAUAGGCUGAUAAUAUCUCAUAUCUGGAGGUAGAAUGAGAAUGAGGCCGGAUAGAAGAAUGGAGAGGCUGGUGCUGCUGCCAUUCACCAUGGGAUGUGUCUCCGAGUCCAGCGUCGCCCUCGCUCACCACCACCACCACCACCCCAUAAGAAGAAGAUCAUCAUCGGCAUCCACUGCGGCUGCCCCAACGGCCACCGCUCGCUCCAAAAGCAGGAGGAGAGAAAUGGACGACGACGAGGAGAGCUUGUCCAGUACCGAUAGCAGCGACUCCAAGAGCAGUACGACUUCCUCCUCGACAUCUCCCUCUUCCAAGAUAUCCGCUCGCUUCCAUCGGAUUCUCAGGACUUUCAAGUCCACCUUCGUGUACAAAGAAGAAGAUGAGGAAGAAGAGGAGGAAAUGGAGAUCGGGGUGCCGACGGACGUGAAGCAUGUCACCCACAUUGGCUGGGACGACGACGUCGGAGCAGCAGCAGCAGCAGCAGUAACAUCGGCGACGAUCACCGCUACGACGACAACAACAACAACACGUGUCAAUAACCCAAUGGAUUUUGAACAACACGAUCAGAGCGGCAGCAGCGGCAGUUGGGGCAACAACGACAAUCUGAUCACCCACAGCCAUUACCAACCUCGUCAUCGCCGUGAUCUUCAGCAGCUGAUGUGUCACCAUCAUCGUCGUCCUUCUUCUUAUGAGGGUGAUAUCGCCAUUGGCGCCCUAGCUGCAGUUGAUCCAGUACUCCCCCGCCGGCCGCUUUCCGUCAUCUCUCCUUCCUCUGCCUGCACCUGAUUCAUCGUCGUCAUCAUGGAUCGCCAUUCCUCUGCCAUAUUAUCUCAGCAUUUCAUCAUCAUUACUUGAUAUAUAUAUACUCGUUAAGUUUUAGAAAGAAGAAUCAGUCAUAUAUGUCCUUACAAAUGUGUUAUCAUUGGGAUGUUUUGCAUUUUUCCAAACUUUAUAUAUGUACAACUUCACAUGUUCUUGUUGUCUAGAGCUCAUUCAAUUUCGUUUAUAGGGUCUAAAUAUUCAGUUCAGUUUAUAUGUUUUGUAAUCAGAUUAUUUAAUUAGUUCCCAUAUAUGCAACUUACACUACACUACAUAAGUCAAGAAUUCCGAUCGUCUAAGUAGAGUGAUUUCCCGACAGAGGCUUGUUUAUUGGAAUUUCUUUCAACAAGAUUUAUGACAUUAAUGUUAUGUUUUAAGUAUUAAAAGGGUGUCCAUCUCGUCUCGUGGCAUAAAAAUGCUCUCGUAUUGAUAGUUCGAAUUCUGGUUGACUAUUAUUCUUAUCCUAUUUUAUUUUGUAAAUUGCAUUAUGACUAUCUUCGUAUCUAUUGUUCUCAUUCGGAAUAUUUUUGACAAAAGAAAAACUUAUGCUACACUACUACAAGUUGUUCAUUGAGAAAGAAAAAAAAGUCAAAGUUCUGGCACAUGGCUAAGUUUUGGGAUUAUAAUUCAUUAUCUAGACUCCUAGAUUUCUAUGGAGGUUAAUUAGUCAUCAAAGUAUCGAACAUUGGCUCUGAAAUUCAACAACAAUCAAAUAAGAUCUUAGUCCGUCCAUAUAUAAAAUCGUAGAUUAUUUUAAUAAUUUGUGAACUUACAAAUCUAAAUCAUCUUAUAAUGUUCAAAAUUACUAUUCGAGAGUUUAGUAUUGCCCGUAAAAAAAAAAAUAACUACGCAACGAACAACAUCCAACGUUCCAACAAGGUGAACUAUUUUUACUCGAGAAUGUGAAGAAGAAAAAAAAACAAAGCCAGUGUGGAACAUUGGAAUGGGAAAACCACCAAUUGCUCAAACCGCAGCCUUCAAAUUUUUCUGAUUUGUUUAUGUUCGUUGAAUGUUGAACUAGUAACCCCUCACCCAAGGAAAGCAAACCGAAGCACACGUGGCGACAUCGUAACGGACCGAUAGAACAUUCUAAAUCGUACGAACUGAAAUUGUUAAACGCCCAUCGUUCUAGACUCUUACUUACGACGACUAAUUCAAUUCCACAACCCUAAUCCAAAUCCAAUUUCUCGUUGACGAUAAAAUGAAAUCAGUUUU